GAUUCUCUCAAUGGAGGAGGAAAUGGAGGGGAAUCGGCAUAGAGGGCGAUAGUGAUACUUUGUACUUAGAUGAAUGGAGGCAUAACAACGGAUAUUGGAUCAAGAACUCCAAUGUAAAUCUAUCCCCAUGAGCCAGUCUACAAUCUAAUUGAUUUUCCUCCAAGUCUACGAUGGCUGGCGAUCAUAUCACAUCAUUCGCAGUCUUGUGUGGUUCCCCCUCCCAGUCCAGUUCAUCUGUUACCCAUCCAUCCACAGGUUCCAACGGAACGAGAGGAACGUAGAAACCUUGCUUUGUGGUUGGCCUGGUUGAAUACGGACUGGGAAACCAAGGGCAUUUUGCCUGUAUCAAAAAUAUAUCAAAUCAAUCUGUCUGCUUGGACUACCGACCUAGGACCUACCUACGUGGACUGCGCCCGACACACGCCUCCAGAAGGGAAAAAUCAAGAGUGGAGAGUUGGAAAGUGGAUAUGAAUGAUCUGUUCGAGGACGUGAAGGAUUGAGAGCAAGAUCAAACAAAUAUCAUUCGACCACCACCCACACAGCAUACCAUUUUUCUCCUUGUGCGGAAGAAUUAUCAACGGCUUCAAGAUUUAUAUACCAGGAUUCUUUUUUUUUAUUUAAAAAAAAGAGGAUUUUCCUCUCCAACUACUGUCACUCUUUUGUAUCAUUGCUUUUUUGGGUCGUUUGCAGAUAUCAUCUGCAUGGCAUCUUGAGGUCUUUACCUUUAUUUUUAUUUUUUUACGACAAUUCCUUUUUCUGUUCUAGAUCAACAUCGAAUUCAAUUAGAUACGAUACGAUAACUUAUAUAGCGACGACGAAGGAAGGAAGGAAAGAAAGAAAGAGAGAACGAAGGAAAACCCAAGCAAGGACAUCCAUCGAAUAACAAACAUCAGACGAAGAUACACACAUACCUGUCUGUCUGUCUAGGUCCGACAUCCAUCCAACCAUCAACCAUUCUUCAUCGCAAUCGAUCCGGCUCGGGACGAAACAGUCGGGACGGGAAGGAUUGAAGGAAGAGAAUCAAUAGAUUGUUCUCUCGUUCUGUAACAAUUGAUACAAUACAAUACAACACAACACAAUACAAUUGCAUCUUCCUGAACCAACGCUCGAUAGUAUAAGUGUUAACUUCGCUUCCAUCGACGACUAUCCGGGUUGUCGAAUAGAAGUUCGAAAAGCGAUGCUGGAACCACGACUAUAGAGAUAUACCACGCCGUCUUGUAUAUACUUGAUAUCUUUGGACAACAUGGGAAUGGAUCUGGGAAUGCAUCUGGCAAUAGAUCUGGAUAUGGAUCUGGCCAUGGAAAACAUGUCUGAGGUGUUGAUAUCCAAGCCUCCAUCUGAUUCGCUUUCCUCUUUUUCUUCGCAACAAUUCAUGUCUCACGAUCCAACGGUCGCGGCACCAAUUCUCCCAAUCCGCCCCCCCACCGUCACCAAACGGGUUUCAAGCAAUCAAGCUUCGCUCACCACAUCAUCGUCGUCAUUGUCAUCGACAGCCUCUUUCGCCAAAAGUUACAAAACUCGUAAUCUUCGUACCCUUUUUUCUCCCACUAAUCUUUUAAUACUGUUAACCAUAUUUUCCUCCUUCCUCGUCACAACAUGUGCCGCCGAGUUUUAUAUUGAAGAACGAAUGGUCGAAGUGCGAGAAGACAUCCCCGAACUAUUUGCAUCCACACUCGCACGUCUAGCUCGAUCUGGCACUAUUUUAGUUGAUCAACGACCCGAUCCCUCGCUCCCACGCAAUUCGCUUCCGGAACUUAAGACUUGGGAAAUUAAAUUGAGCACCUCUAGUGACGAAGGAGAAGUUGAUAAAGAAGAACAAGAAAAAGCAAUCCGCGUUCCAAUUCACCCUCAAUCUUCAAAUCUAGAUCUCGAUUCCGACCUCAAUGAAAAGAGAGACGCAGCAACCAUAACUUCCACAGCGACAAUCACACCUCCCAGAAGUACAGGUACAGGUGCAGGUACAGCAACCGCGACCGAAUCCUCCUCCUCGUCGUCAACGCUGGCGGAAUCGCAGACGAGUAGCGGACUGGUGUCCGCUGCUACAGGAACAACAGCCACUUUGCCCACGCCGUUCGAUAGUGGGUUCUCGAGCAAUAUUACUUCAACAUGUUCGAGUUUCAUGAUGAACUUUUUGGCAAACGAGACUUUUAAAGCUUGUUUGCCUUUUUCAUUGUUGUUGCAGAACUCCAAUUCCUUCUUCCAAGCCUCCAAAUCCCUAGUUCGCAUCACCCAGACCCUCGACGCCUCCUGCUCCGCCAACGCGCAAUCAUGCUCAAAUCUCAUGUCGUCGUUCGCCUCCAACAUCACCUCCACCGACGCCUGCUCCGUUGAUCUCCUCGCCGCCAAUCCGCUCGUCACACAAGCCCGUCUGGGUCUCCUUGCCUACUCCACUCUCUACACUGCAUCCUGUCUCAAAGAUCCAUCCAAUGGCGCAUACUGCUACGCGCAAGCCGUCACAAAUUCUUCCUCCCCAACAGAUAGCUACAUAUACUAUCUCCCUCUGAAUACGAGUCUCCCCGGAGGCUCCCAACCCACCUGCAAUCAAUGCCUAAAAAACACAAUGGCAGUCUUCGAAUCCGCGGGUGCGGUCAGAACGAGCGCGAUAGCGGGCACUUAUGCCCAAGCAGCAGGAAUGGUCAAUGUGCAAUGCGGACCGGGAUUUGUGAAUGCGAGCCUACCCGCUGCGGCGGUAGUGACCGGGGGCGCCGGAUCACGGAUGGAUGGGCUGGGUGGGGGAAUGGGUUUGAGUAGUUUGGUGCUACUGUGGAUUGCGGUAUUCCGAUGGUUGAUAUGAGGACAGAUACGAAACUGGAUGCGAAUAUGGAUAUGGAAUCGAAACUAGACGAUGAGAAGGAGAGACAAUGGGAUAUCCAAUGACAAGAACAAGAACAACAAUAAGGCCCGCGCCAGGCCCAAAACCUCGACAUCAAGAGGAGGCUUCACAACCGUACCCACAUACACAUACACACACAAACUAAUAAUCCGCAACACAACUCGUAUACCCAUUCAUCAGACACAUUUAAUGGUCAGGAUACCCUCCAUUCACUCAUGUCACCUCACGUCUUCUGAUUCCAUCGGUACAAACCCUCGAGGUCCAACUCUCAACUCACAGAGUACCCACCUCCCCAAACAGCAGCAGACAAGAACAGAACAGAACAGAACAGAACAGAACAGAACAGAACAGAACACGAGUAACAACAGGAUCUUAUACCCAAGACACGGAACCGAGAACGGAACCAGAGGCGAAAUAGGACAGGACAGGACAGGAUAGGAUAGGAUAGGACAGAACGGAAUACUAUCGGAAACGGAUAGUUUGAGUGUGAUUACCAAAAAUUCUUCUUCAUGGCCGGUCAUCUAUCUAUCUAUUUACUUGGGUACAUAGAUAACAUAGAUUAAUUCAGCGGCGGCAUUGGACCUUUUACACUUACUUACUUAUUUAUUAUAACUAUUAUUAAUCUAUAUUAUAACUAUUAUUAAUACUACUACUAUUCUAUAAUCAUAUUCCAUACACACACACACACUUUCUCCUCUCCACAAAGUCGAGGAAAGAAUUUGGAAUCGAAGUUGAAUUCUCUCUUGAUGUGUACUAGAUAUCUUAGGAGACAAUGUGAUGAUUGCUAUCAAAAGAAGGACGAAGUUUUGAACUCUGGAGUAACUAACUAAUGGGUUGUCUGGGUAGUUGAAAAUCAAUGUAUAUCAAACCAACAAAUCACCUUCACGUUUCA